GGUACUACUGGAAUCAGCAGAGACACCAUCAGCCUCCGACGUCGUCCAUCCCCUACGGUUCCGAUGGUCCUCUGAAACGCAGCCGUUUUAACUUGGACCACAGUAACUUGCCAUGGGAUGAGGAUGUAGGUAUCCCUCAUGAUACCAGAACUAUUGGCUCAGAUUAUGAUGACAUGUACCUGCGGAAUGUGCAAACGCCUUCUUUGCCAUCAGAAGAACUUGGUCGAUUUAAUGGUGUUGGUGGCAUGGGAAGACCAGGGGGUGACAAUCUGCACAUGGGUGGUGAGGUCAUAACUGAGCGUGGUAGAGUUUUUCCUUCAGAUUCUGGGCCAAAUGGUACUCGAGCUAUUGGUUCUGGUCAACAAGAUUUAGGUGGUAGGCCUAGCCGGGAGCUGCUUCCUCCACCUCCUGAUGCAUCCAAGACUCUAUUUGUUGAAGGUCUUCCUUCUGAUUGCUCAAUGAGGGAAGUAGCUCAUAUAUUUCGGCCUUUUCCCGGAUAUAAAGAAGUGAGACUUGUGACCACAGACUCAGAGCAAAGGGAUGGAGAUCCUGUUGUUCUUUGUUUUGUUGAUUUUGAAAAUCCUGCAAGUGCAGCCACUGCUCGGAACGCCCUGCAAGGGUAUCGAAUGGAUGAAGAGGAACCUGAUUCCGAGAGUUUGCAGAUCCAGUUUUCCAGAAACACAGGUCCAAGACCAGGGUAACGUGGAGAAAGGAAGUGAUGAGUCGAGACACAUUGGGCAUAUCAAACCAAAAUUGUAACUAGUUGUUUUCUCUAGAACCUAAUACACACUUUGAUCACGUAUUCAAAUCCUUAGUAGUACACUCACUCAAAGCUGGAGAGAUGUAGGGAUGGAUAGACACAAGAGUCUAGUAGGAGUUUAGUUGAUUGGAAUCUAAACUUUCUCUCACUCCUCUGUUUCUUUUUUUCAAUCUUCUUGAUAAAUGUUGUGCAUAUAAAUAAAAGUUACAAAUUUUGGGGGA